ACACACACACACACACACACCACGCACUAAUAAUGGAAGAGCUGCCGGGGUGAUGGAGGGAGGGUAUUCUGAACAGCUAGAGAAGCUCAGAAGCACGGCUGCAUCUGCUAAACAGCAACUAAUGUCUCUCCCUAAUCAUGCUAUAUUUUCAGCUUGUCAUCAUGGCUGGGACUGUCCUGCUUGCCUACUACUUCGAGUGCACUGACACUUUUCAGGUGCAUAUCCAAGGCUUCUUCUGUCAGGACGGAGACUUGAUGAAACCGUAUCCAGGAACUGAGGAAGAAAGCUUUAUCUCCCCUCUUGUGCUGUAUUGUGUGCUCGCUGCCACCCCAACAGCAAUUAUUUUUAUCGGCGAGAUAUCCAUGUAUUUCAUCAAGUCAACCAGAGAAUCCUUGAUUGCCCAAGAGAAAAUGAUUUUGACUGGAGAAUGCUGUUAUCUGAACCCACUACUCAGAAGGAUCAUAAGGUUUAUAGGGGUGUUUGCAUUUGGACUUUUUGCUACGGACAUAUUUGUAAAUGCCGGACAAGUGGUCACUGGAAACCUAGCACCUUACUUCCUGACUGUGUGUAAACCAAAUUACACCGGCACAGACUGUCGAGUGCACCACCCGUUCAUCAACAAGGGGAACAUCUGCACCGGCGAUCUGGAAGUGAUUGAAAAGGCCAGAAGAUCCUUUCCUUCUAAGCAUGCUGCUUUGAGCAUAUACUCCGCCUUAUAUGCCACGAUGUACAUCACGAGUACUAUUAAGACCAAGAGCAGCCGACUAGCCAAGCCCGUGCUGUGCCUGGGGACCCUUUGUGCAGCUUUCCUUACUGGCCUAAACCGGGUCUCUGAGUAUCGGAACCAUUGUUCGGAUGUGAUUGCAGGCUUCAUCCUGGGAACAGCGGUGGCCCUGUUUCUGGGAAUGUGUGUUGUCCAUAACUUUAAAGGAACGCGUGGCUCUACUUCCAAACCAAAAUCCGAAGAUCCACGAGGAAUGCCCUUAAUGGCCUUCCCAAGAGUGGAAAGCCCUCUGGAGACACUGAGUGCACAGAAUCACUCUGCCUCCAUGACUGAAGUAACCUGAAGUGGAAGAUGGAGAAAGAAGCUAUUUUUAUUACCUUCCAGUACAAUACUCCAAGACACACAGUUACUAAAUGUCAAACUGUGAAGACAAGUAUUAUGUUAUGUCUAGUUAGAGGCUAAUGUUUUGUACAUUUUUUGUAUGAGGAAGUGAUGUAGCUUGCCCUAAUUUUUUUGUCAGCUUUAAUAUAUUUAUGCCAGAAUUUAAAAACCAACAAAAAAACUUUUCCUGUUAAGGUGUGCACUGAGGAACUACAUCUAUUGAAUUGUUGAUGUUGUUUUGUGAUAUUUGUACCCAAACUUUCUUUUCUCAGUUUUAUAUACGUUGAAAUACCACGAUUAUAAGAACUCACUUUUUGUCGUUUUGUUACCGUAGAAGCUGCUUCUCCCAAAUUUCGAGCCCUGACAAGUAAUUCCCAUUUAAGAGGUUCAAGGUCUGUGCUGACUGUUGAGAAAUCAGGAAAUCUAUAGCACCCUGUGUUCUUACCUUAGCAUGCUGUCAAAUGUGGCAGUAAUAGUAAAACUCCAAUUGUUAAGCGAUGCCACUUAGGUGUCUCAGGCCACUACUAAAGGACAACUGGAUUUUUUUGGUGAGAAGGUUGUGACAUUUUCUUAGAUAAUGUCUUCGUUAUUUCUGAAAGCAGUAUGCUCCAUAAGGGCAUGAGACCCCUACUCUGUUCCACAGAUAACCAUCACCAGCCUUACUCUUCAACUCCACAGUUUUGUACAUCCACCAUGUAUUGACUUUAUACAAAAAUGAGUAUUUGACCGUUUGCAUAGUACUGCUUAAAAAUGUAAAAAGGCCAUCUACAGCAAAUAGAACCAGAGUAACAGCUUCACUUUGUGGCUUUUAAUUGUUCUAAGCUUUUAACCGCAUCUCAUUUUUCUAGCAUGAUGAUAAUGAUGUGUGCCUCCUUUAAGAGGAGUCCUUUGUCUGUACCUUACUGAAUUGUUAUUCUGACACAUCCACGCUGGUUCUUCUUAGCUUUUUUUGUACUUUUUUUUUUCCAAAAGAGAUGAAAAAAGAAAAUCACAA